AUGCCCCAAGAAACCAUCAGCACGGUAUACGGCGACCUCCAUGCAAUUGUGAAUGGCAACCUUGAUAGCGACAAGACACUUCUCUUGCUUCACGGAAACUCAAGCACUUGGAAAGCAUUCACGCCAAUCCUUGACAAUGAAUUGCUGCAAAGCACCUACAAAAUUCUCGCAUUCGACUUGCCAGGCCAUGGGGACUCAGCAGACGCCCCCGACCCUCAGCUUUCGUACAGUAUCCCCGCAUACGCCAAAGCCGCAUUGGAGGUCCUGCGUCAUUUCCAGGUAAAAUCCUAUGUGGCAUUUGGAUCGAGUAUGGGCGGCCAGAUCGCGUGGAGCAUGAUUGAGAUCUCCAAGUCGACUCAAGAAUUCGACAUCCGUGGUGUGAUGACAUCGGGUUCCGUGCCGUUUGGUAACCUCGAAGAAGCCCAGGAGGGGUUCAAUAUCAAUUCGGAAGAUAGCUUUGCGACUGCAGGGUCUUAUACCGGUGAAGAGGUUGAGUGGGCUGUCAACAACGCUUAUGGAGGCACACCGCGGCUAUUUAUGUAUGAGGCUCUGAGAAGAACGGACCAAGGAGCCCGCCCCUUGAUGUUUGAGCACAUUGUCAAGGGCGGGUCGACGGAUCAGAGAAAGGUUGUUAAGGAAACCCAGGUUCCUCUCGCUGUUGUGAAUGGAGAGAAAGAUGUGCUUAUCAAGUUGGAUGUGUUUGAUCGACUCGAAUUUGGGAAUCUUUGGAAGGGCAAGGCGAUUACUGUUAAAGGAUCGGGUCAUUGUCCAUAUUGGGAUAAUCCGAAGGAAUUCUUACCCAUGUUGACCGAAUUUGCAGAUGAGUGCUAUGCUGCAUGA